AUGGCAAUGCGUACACCUGAAGAACUAAGUAAUCUUAUUAAAGAUUUAAUUGAACAAUACACACCAGAAGUUAAAAUGGUAGAUUUUGGUAUCGUUUUCCAAGUUGGUGACGGUAUUGCACGUAUUUAUGGUUUAGAAAAAGCAAUGUCAGGUGAAUUACUUGAAUUUGAAGACGGUACCCUGGGUAUUGCUCUUAACUUAGAAGCAAACAACGUAGGUGCUGUU